GUUAACUUGUUUCAUUCCCGACGCCAUAUUUGAUUUUGUUGAUUGUCGUUGAUCUGUGUUUAAAAAAACGUAUUUCUGGUGUAAUAUAAUCCUGAUAGCACAAUGAGUGCUGAUCAAAUUGAUACUUCAGGCGGUGAUGGAGUAGUUAAUGUACUUGAUGAUAUUCUGGAAGGACAUACUGGAGACGAUGAUCUGAGUGCUGAAAUUGUAGAAGAAGAAAAACCAGAGCCUGAAAAACCUGUAAAAGUGAAAAAGCGCACUGGAACACCAGCUACCAGAAAAAGUAAGAAAGCUCAAUCUGCCACUGCUAAACGCCUGUCAGCCCAGCGCGCUGCCGAGAAAAAGGCAAAGGCUGCAAAAGAAGAGGAGGAAAAAGGGACCACUGAGAAAGAGGAACAAGAGGAGGAAAGUCAGAAUGAUGAUGAAAGUCCUGAGAAGGUGGUGAAGGAUCCACCAAAACAGGAAUCACCCAAAAAGAAAAUUAUCACCAAGACAAAAGCCAAGGAGUCAGGCAAGACCAAAUUGAAGUCUCCAAAAGUCAACAAAUCCCCCAAAAAGAAAAUAUCUACAGAAAAUAUCUCGCAAGAUGAAGAGAAUGAGUCAACUGAAGGUGAGAAGACUCAGGAGGAGGGAGAAACAGAGACCCGCCCCAUUCCAGAACCAAUGGAUGCUCAGGAUUAUGACACUCGCAGUGAAGCAGGCUCCAGUGAUGGAAGUCUGAACAAUGAGGAGUCUGGAGAAUCAGAUUUAGACUUAGAGGGAGAGGAUUCGGUGCCAGAAAAAAAGAAACGCAAGACCAGAGACAUAUCUCCUAUAGAAUGGGAUAGAAAGAGUGAAGGGAAAAGUGAAGGAGAGGAAGGAGAAGAAGAAGACGGUAAAAGUGAUGAUAACAAAAGUGAAAAAUCCGAAGACUCUACUGCCAGGAAAAUAAGUUCAAGGAUGAAGUACAUCUAUCGUGGAGCAAGAUACUUCGUGAUUAAAAGUAACAACCAUGAAAAUGUGGCUCUGGCCAAAGCCAAAGGUGUUUGGUCCACACCUCCUCAGAAUGAAAUCCGAUUAAACAAUGCCUACAAGAGCUGUGAUAAUGUGAUACUGAUAUUUUCUGUCAGAGAAAGUGGAAAGUUUCAAGGUUUUGCCAGAAUAGCUGACGAGUCCACCAAAGACCAUCCUCCAAUUCGAUGGGUGCUGCCUCCUGGUUUGAGUGCAAGAGCUUUAAGUGGCGUUUUUAAACUUGACUGGAUCAACAGGAAGGAGCUUGCCUUUACAAAGACACAACAUCUCCAUAAUGCAUGGAAUGACAACAAGCCAGUAAAAAUUGGAAGAGAUGGGCAGGAAGUGGAACCAAGAUGUGGAGAGGCUCUGUGUAAAAUGUUUCCGCCCGAUGAAAAUGUGGAUCUUUCAUCCAUUGCAAGAAAAGCUCGUAAAUCAUCCCGCAGUGGAGGAGGACCCCAAGCAAUAACGGAGAGAAGAAAUCGCGGGGGUUAUCGGGGGCGUCCUGAAUUCAUUAGGCAUAGACCAUACAGCAGGGAGGACUUCUAUGAACAAGAUAGAAGAAAGAGAAGUCGUGAUGAGAUGCAACAUGGAAGAGGUUUCUACAAAGAGAGAAGAAUGGACAGAUCACCAAGAUAUGGAGUGAGGAGAGAAACAUUUAUCAAUGGGUCAUACAGUGAUUACAUCAGGGAAUUCACUCACAGUCGAGCACCCCCACCCCCCAUGCCACCAUAUGGACCACCGCCACCAGGAUUUGCCAUGGACCCCAUGAACCCUUACAGUGGUCACUAUGACCAGAGACCAAGAGAAUACAUGAUGGCAUCCCAGGAAUACAACAUGGCCUCAAUCUCCAGAUCCAGAGCAGACAAAAGAUCUUAUGAGAGGGAUGUGGACGAUUUCCUCAGAAGGACCACAGAGGGAAGUAGGCGUCGUCGACACAGCAGCGGGGAUCGUGAUCGCAGCCGAGAGAGGGACCAUCAUCGACACAGAGACCGCAGAUAACAUCAUCACUCGUAUCAACUUCAUUAUUUGUGCAAUGUACAUCAUUUAACAUUGAUUUUAUAGUCAUUUAUAUGUCAGAUACUUGUUUUUUUAAUACAAGAACACACAAUAGAUAUGUGGAACACAUUUGAAGUUGCCUAUUUGCAUUGAGCAAGUCUCUUUUUUUUUUUUAAUUGUGAAGUGCCAUACACUGAAUUACAGAAAUUUGUCAAAGUCCCUGAUAGAAGUAAAAUAUGAAGAGGUUCAUAACCACUGCUUAAGUUGUUCAGUAUUACCGAGUGUUUCAUUAAGUACAUAUAAAUCUGUAAAAUGUUUUGAGGAGUAUUGUACUCAUUAGUACAUACAUAUACAAUGUAAAUAUAGAGCUUUCUUUAUGCAACUUUAUGCAUACUUAAAAAUCAUACAAAUUUACAAAAUAAGGCGUAUUUACAUUUUUGUAUUGUUGUCUUUUCUGUACAGAAUGAUUGGUUUCAUAUUCAUCAUCAUUUUGAUUCAUUUUUUACACAUUAAUUUGCUGUCAUGUUCACUGUUUAAGCCUGUGGUUUGAUGUUGGCAAUAUCUGUGGAAUCAUUUGGGGCAAAGAGAGUAUUUUGAGUAAGAAUUUGGUUGUGUGUAUUUGUGUGACAUCUAUUUCACUGAGAGAGUUGAUAACAAUGUGAGGGUAAGGCGUACUUCAUCUGCAUUAUACAUUAGAUAAACUGUAAUAAAGAAUGUAAAUCUAUCUGAAUUUAUUUGUGAAAUAAAUAAAUUAACUCUU